AUGAAUUCGGCUACAACAACAAGUACAGAGACUUCGAAUGGCUCUGCUUCUGCCUCUAUUUCUAAACGCAACGGUCACGACGUCACCCGCACCAACGGAAAUGGAACAGCCACGACAGGUCCUCCAAAGAAGCCUGGUCAAAAGUACAGACACGUUGCUGCCGUUCAUAAGCAGACGAGACCAUCAUGUUUGAGCCACGAUUCAGAUGCUGCUCCCAGCUUUAUUGGCUUUCGCAAUCUCAUGGUGAUUGUCCUCGUGGUUGGAAACUUACGAUUGAUGAUUGAAAACAUUCAAAAGUACGGUGUUUUGAUCUGCGUGAGAUGUCAUGACUACAGUCGCCAGGAUAUUUUCUUGGGUCUGCUACUCUACUUUCUCAUCCCAUGCCAUCUUCUCGCCGCCUACUUGAUUGAACUGGCUGCUGCUCAGCAAGCGCGAGGAUCUCUCAAACGUUACAACGAUAGUGCUUCUGGAGGCCCUUCAGAGCAAGAGCGCAACAAGUUUCACAAAACUUGGGUCAUUGUCGCAUGGGCCCAUCUCUUCAACAUUACGCUUGCUCUUGUCCUCACAACAUGGGUCGUAUACUUCAAGAUACACCAUCCCCUUAUCGGUACCUUGACUGAGAUGCACGCCAUUGCUGUUUGGCUCAAGACUGCAUCAUACGCUUUCACCAACCGCGACUUGAGACAUGCUUACUUGCAUCCUGUGGAAGGAGAGCUCGAGCUUGUCCCCGAGCUGUACACGCAAUGCCCGUAUCCUCAGAACAUCACCUUUAGCAACCUGGCCUAUUUCUGGUGGGCACCCACGCUCAUCUACCAGCCUGUGUAUCCUCGUACCGACAAAAUCAGAUGGGGUUUUGUGGCCAAGCGUGUUGGAGAGAUCUUUGGUCUCAGUGUAUUCAUUUGGGUUGCGAGUGCCCAGUACGCUGCGCCUGUUCUUCGAAACUCACUCGACAAAAUUGCCUCUCUCGACCUCAUGUCCAUUCUCGAGCGGUUGCUUAAGCUGUCAACCAUCUCUUUGGCCAUUUGGCUCGCUGGGUUCUUUGCGCUGUUCCAAUCUUUCCUAAACGCUCUGGCCGAGGUUUUGAGAUUCGGUGACCGAUCAUUCUAUGACGACUGGUGGAACAGUGAGAGCUUGGGAGCCUACUGGCGCACGUGGAACAAGCCUGUUUACACAUAUUUCAAGCGCCAUCUGUACAUGCCCAUGAUCGGUCGUGGUUGGAGUCCUCAGGCGGCCAGCUUUUUCGUCUUUCUGGUAUCGGCCAUCCUUCACGAGAUCCUCGUCGGUGUUCCUACGCACAACAUCAUUGGUGUUGCUUUCCUGGGCAUGUUUCUUCAGCUUCCACUGAUUCACCUUACCAAGCCACUCGAAAACAUGAAGCUGGGCCAUACUGGUAAAAUUGUUGGAAACACUAUCUUCUGGGUGUCAUUUACAAUUUUCGGACAGCCUUUCGCAGCCUUGAUGUACUUUUACGCAUGGCAAGCAAAGUAUGGCAGUUACAUGUUGCAUCUGAUCAAGUUGUGUAUAGACGUGACAUUCCGAUGGCAUCUACUCGAUAAAGGGAAUCUUUGUUCCAACCUUCUUACGAUACUCCACGUAGUCAUCCUUGAAGAACUCGAUCAGCUUAGCCUCCUCAUGCUUGAUUCUGAUGUUGAAGAACUUCCAAAGAACAAAGGCAUAGGCAAAGAAGCAAAGAACAUUGCCCAUGGCCAACUGUGUUCCUAG